AUGACGCCAGCAGCCCCGACUUUGCGCAUAGUCACACAAAGAAGUCCCGAGCUUGCACCAAUUGCGCUCGCCUCAAGAUACGGUGUCGGUGGCAACCGGGUUCGGAACAUAGCGAACACGCCGAUUGCAUACGGUGAGCAGUUCUGCCUCUGUUGGCUACAGUUUCGUGUAACUGAGCUGGAGAAGAAGAUAGAUGGCCUAGUCAGCCUUUUUCAGACACAGCAGCAGUCAGGAGAGACACAAGGGCAGCCGGCAACCGGGCCCAGCCCCAGCAGCGAGGACCCGCGCUUGAUGCCAUGCACUGGGUUGACUAUACCAGGCGUCACCCAUCAAGUAAGCACAGACGCAUCUCCAAGUGUUAACAGUUCAGCCGGCACCCAAGAUUGUCAUUCUAUGCCGACUCCAGAGGCUGGGUUUCCCAGCGGUUCCUAUCAGCUCUUGCCGGGGUUCACCAUCGCUGCCGAGAAGGCUGAGGAGUACCUUUCCAUCUACCGGACGCGUAUGGUUCCCAACUUCCCAUUUGUGCCCAUCGAGCCCGAAGUUACAGCAAGGGAUCUCCACAACCAGAAGCGAUUUUUGUUCUGGUGUAUUAUGCAAGCCAUUGUACCCCAGACAGCCACAGUACAAAAGUCAGUCGACGACUGGGUCCGCAAGCAUGCAGCUAUGCACAUCAUAGUUCAUAAGGAGAAGAAGAUUGAGCUGCUCCAAGGUUUGAUUGUCUAUGUCGCCUGGGGCGAUGUCCACCUACAGAUGGGUAUCAACGCAAACACCCUCCUCCAGCUAGCCAUCGGUCUGGUUAUGGACAUGACCAUGUACACUCUAGCAGGCCCCCGUGGAACGAAACUGAUCAUCUUUGCCAGUGUGCCCGCCGCCAUAAGGAGGCACUCGCAGAUACAGUAUACGCCCCAGAUCGCACGAUGUUCCAAAGCCAUUCGCGAGGCGGACGCUAUACCGACAGAUCAGAAUCUACUUGCCCUCGUUCGCAUGCAACAUCUAGGGGACCGCAUUCGCGCUGUCUUUCCAAGCCCAGAUAGAGAGGAAGGGGAGCCUCUACCCAUCUUUCGGGAACACUUUAGUGCGGUGCUAGCAUCACUUCGCAAAGAGAUCUGCUCUCUCGAGUCUGAAGAACCCGCCAUCAAGAAGGAGAACCCAAUGGUUUGGGCACACUACGGCGCACUGAUGGUUAGACUAUACGAACCAUGCAUCGGCAUGCGAGGAGCCAGCCCUUCGGAGGCUAUGUCCGCCAUGGAGCAGUUCAGUAGGACCGAGUCACUCUGGUUCUGCCUCCAGGCGAUCCAGAUCGCCAUGGACGCGCUACUCGCCAUCCCGGCUGAAGCAUUUGCAUAUCUACCCUUCAACACCGUUGCAGAUGUAGCACAUACAAUGAUGUCUUCGCACCGACUGCUGUUGGAAGACUCGGCAAGUGAUUGGGACGUGAUGCUGGCGCGCCAGAAGCUUGACCUUCCCGAUAUAGCGCGGCGGUUGGCGGAUCGGUUCGAGGAGGCGGACAACGUGGCGCUGAUCGUCGGGCAAAAGAGGCGGAUCUUCGAGGACGAGAGCUCGCGCUGGGCGAAUUAUGCGUACCGGGCGAGGUGGAUCCGUCAGUGGUACCUGAACAAGGUUGUUGGGCAGCCGCCUCAGGAGCAGAUGGCGACGGAGCACCAGCAGCAGCAGGAGCAGCAACAGCAGCAGCAGCAAGCGCAAAUGGUUCCUCACGUGGGGAUGAUGACAGACCCGAACAUGUCUUGGCUCGGGGGAGUGGCGAUGGACCAGUCGUUUUGGGAGAUUAUGAUGCUGGACGGGCCUGGACAAAUCCCCAUUGACGCGUCCAUGCUUUUGCCGGACCAGGCCAUGUUGCCCGCCAUGCAGACUUAG